AUGCUCAAGCCCAGAGACCCCGGAGGUUCGUCCUUCCUGAAAGUGGACCCAGCCUACUUGCAGCACUGGCAGCAACUCUUCCCGCAGAGCGCCCCGCUCAAGGGCGGCGGCGGUGGCGUCUUGGGCCAGCCGCCGCCGCUGCCCCUGCCGCCUCCGGCGCCCGAGCGCGCUGAGCCCGUGGUUGACAGCUUCCGCCCGCGCCCUGCCUCCCUGUCCUCUUCGGCCUCCUCCGCCUCCUCCACUCCGGCUUCUUCGACCACCUCUACCGCAGCCUCGGCCUCUUCGUCGUGCGCCGCCGCUUCCGCGGCCACGGCCGCCUCCCUGGCCGGCCUGGCCGCCCUGCCCGUGGCCCAGCUGCCGGUAUUCGCGCCGCUCUCCAGCUCCGAGGUGCUACCCUCGGGAGCUCUGCAGGGCAAGGACUUGUGCGUCGGCUCCUGCUCGGGCUCCGGCUCUAAGUGUAGCAGCGGGGCCGCCGCCUGCGAUAGGGGAGUUCCUCGAUUUCGCUGCACAGCAGAGGAGCUGGACUAUUACCUGUACGGACAGCAGCGCAUGGAGAUCAUACCCCUCAACCAGCACACCAGCGACCCCAAUAACCGUUGCGACAUGUGCGCUGACAACCGUAAUGGUGAAUGCCCCAUGCACGGCCCCCUGCACUCCCUUCGCCGGCUGGUGGGUACCAGCAGCACGGCCGCCGCCGCGCCCCCGCCAGAGAUGCCCGAGUGGCUUCGAGACCUGCCUCGGGAAGUGUGUCUGUGCACCAGCACCGUUCCAGGCCUGGCGUAUGGUAUCUGCGCUGCACAGAGGAUCCAGCAGGGCACCUGGAUCGGACCGUUUCAGGGAGUGCUUCUCCCCCCAGAAAAAGUGCAGGCGGGAGCUGUCAGAAACACCCAGCAUCUCUGGGAGAUAUAUGACCAAGAUGGGACACUACAGCACUUUAUUGAUGGUGGGGAACCUAGUAAGUCAAGCUGGAUGAGAUAUAUUCGAUGUGCUAGGCACUGCGGGGAACAGAAUCUAACAGUAGUACAGUACAGGUCAAAUAUAUUCUACCGAGCCUGUAUCGAUAUCCCCAGGGGCACUGAGCUUCUGGUGUGGUACAAUGACAGCUACACAUCUUUCUUUGGGAUCCCUUUACAGUGCAUUGCCCAGGAUGAAAACUUGAAUGUCCCUUCAACUGUAAUGGAGGCCAUGUGCAGACAAGAUACACUGCAGUCCUUUAAUAAAAGCAGCAAGCUCUCUCCUGCCACACCACAGCGCUCUGUAGUUUUCCCACAGACUCCAUGUAGCCGGAAUUUCUCUCUCCUGGAUAAGGCUGGGCCCAUCGAAUCAGGAUUUAACCAAAUCAAUGUAAAAAACCAGCGAGUUCUUGCAAGCCCAACUUCAACCAGCCAACUCAACUCUGAGUUUAGUGACUGGCACCUUUGGAAAUGUGGGCAAUGCUUUAAGACAUUCACUCAGCGGAUCCUUUUACAGAUGCACGUAUGCACCCAGAACCCCGACAGACCCUACCAGUGUGGUCACUGCUCCCAGUCCUUCUCCCAGCCUUCUGAACUGAGGAACCAUGUGGUUACCCACUCCAGUGACAGACCUUUCAAGUGUGGCUAUUGCGGUCGUGCCUUUGCUGGGGCUACCACCCUCAACAACCAUAUCAGAACUCAUACUGGAGAAAAACCCUUCAAGUGCGAGAGGUGUGAGAGGAGCUUCACGCAGGCCACCCAGCUGAGUCGACACCAACGGAUGCCCAAUGAGUGCAAGCCAAUAACAGAGAGCCCAGAAUCAAUUGAAGUGGAUUAA